GAUGGUGGAUUUGUAUGUUUGUAUCCUCCUGGUCUUAUCUGUGAUCCAUCAGAACCCAUCUGCCCCAAUGGCGAUGAUUACUAUACGAGUACGGGAACAGAUGUUAAUUUCUGUACACUUCCACUGGAUGCACCAUUGGGUCUUACACAAGGGGAUUGCCCGGCUGAUUAUUUUUGCCAUCCUUUAGACCUCGGAUACAGUAUAUGCUGUCCAGCAAUUUCUGGGGAUUGCGUUGUUAAUGGAGUUCUGAUUCCGAAUGGCGGAGUGAUUCUGAUGCCAGACUGUGUGUUAUGUAAAUGUAUAGACGGCGCCAUGGCAUGCAUAGAGAAAUUACCAUGUGAUGAAAUAUGUCCGAACGGAGGUGAUCCUUAUGUAGAAGAUGGUGUUGGAACAGUGUUCUGUUCAGGAGCUCUUCUGACAUCAGAAUACUAUGCAACGAGAAUAAAGCAUUGUCCUAGAGGAUAUGAAUGCACUGCUAGAUUCGAGUGGUCUAUCGGUGUGCUGUCCUAUCAGAGAUCCGAUUGGAUGCCCCUGUCCCCGCAUUCCAAUAGAUAGCUUUCCAGUAUGUCUAUCCAACUGUGACAAUUGUAUGAACCAUCCGCCAUACGACAUUUGUUGCAUUGAUGAGAAAGCGUGUCCAGGAGGCUGUGUAGGAUUCAUUAAUACUGUUGGUUACUGUAGAUAUGAUUGUGAAUACUUUAUGCCAGGAGAUACUAUAACAGUGCCACCAUGCACAGAAUGUCAAUGCACAAACGCCAAAUGGGACCCCUGUACCACAGACCCAUCUUGCACUUGUGUUACUCCACAAACGGACGAAUUGGGUAAUGUAGUCACGUGUUCGUCAGAUGUAGAUUGCCUGAAUGUAUAUGGCUUCACAUGCAUCAAAGGAAUAUGCUGUAACAGUGACUGGGUUCCAUGCGAAAAGCCCUUGUUAGCUGAAACUGGAUACCCGUACAAUUGCGCAUUUACAGAAUGUCCGACUGGAUAUUCCUGUGUGCUUAAUUUUGAAUAUGGUGUAUGUUGUCCAGAUAAAUACCCAUGCUGUCUUGAACCUGAAUCUGGACCGUGUGAAGCAUAUUUUCCACGAUGGUAUCACGAUUGCCGGGAUAACAAGUGCAAAGAAUUUAUUUACGGUGGAUGUCAGGGGAAUGAUAACAAUUUUCAUACUAGAGCAGAUUGUGAAAAAGAAUGCGGAGGUGACUGUUGUUUACCUGUUGAUCCUGGUCCGUGUAAAGGUUCCAUUUCCAGAUGGUACUUUGACUGUGAAACAAAUGAGUGUAUAGAGUUCGUAUACGGAGGAUGUGAAGGAAACAACAAUAAUUUUGAAACGGAAGAAGCGUGUAGACGACAUUGCGAUGGACCAUGCCCGUGUCCUGAAGGAUUUCUGGGUCAAGUUUGUUGGUUGAAUUGUGACGUUUGUGAUGAACAUGCAUCAACGACGCCAAACUAUAUAUGUUGCAACGACGGUAGCUGCCCGGCACCAGCAUGUCUUGGAGGAGUAUACACGCCAGAAGGAUUUUGUGAGUUGGACUGCGAGUAUUACUCGCCAGGAGAUGUAGUAAAGGAAGAUUGUGAAAUAUGCGUUUGUAGAGAAGGGGAUUGGAUUUGUCGACCUGACCCGGCAUGCGGUGGACCAUGUCCUUGUCCAAUCGAUUUUGUACCGGAAGUGUGCUGGGAAUCGUGCGACGAGUGUAUUGCAAAUUCUGAUCAGGAUUACCUUUGCUGUUCGGACAUUGAAAACUGCCCGCCUCCUUCAUGCCUGGGUGGACAUUAUAUUGAAGGUUACUGUGAAAAGAACUGUACUUACUACAAACCAUUUGAAACAUAUGUAGAAAACUGUGAAAUAUGGUAA